GCGCGCGCGAGGGAUGUAUGUAACUGAAAAGAUGUCCUGGUCACCUACCUGGUCUCUAUGGAUGUCUACGUCCCUCUGCCCCCCUCCUCUUCUACUUUCAUCAGGCUUUUUUGCUCGACUAGAAGUGUCAAGGGUCGCAGCCGAACUCUAAUUCCACGUUCUGCUUGAAGUUUCUUCGUGUCUGUUCGCUGGGGUAAGGAUCCCAGUUGUGCACCGGGUGAGCAAAGUCGCCCCCUCGAACCCUGAGUGACGAUGCUUCGACAGCCUCGGACAGUUUCCAGUGAUCUGGGCUGCUCAUCUUCAACUCUAAAUGGACGAGAGGGGGCAUCUAGAUAGGGACCGAGCAAGGAACGAAACUCAGACCGACUCCCUUAUUCUUCAAUUGCAACCACCCUCUCUCCCACACGCUCACGGCGUCCCCAUUCACUCGACAUCCUUCCCUCUAUUAGGACGGAACCGCCACGGUUUACUACAGGUGACUUAUUAGGUGGCAGGGGGAAAAGCAUGACAGAUAUGCCAGGUCGAACCUCCCCUGACGGCGUGCCCUUACGCUCGUCUAGGAGUUGGCCAGCUCCCCACGCCGUGACGAACUCGGCAUCAAGACCACCCUCAGAGCCUACAGAAGCAACCGAAACACACAGCGUUGGAGGAACCGAGAUGUGCGCAACGCAGACCGAGGAGACUAAUGCUGGUGUGAUCUCGGCUUUACGCGACGAAGUUCGGAAGGCCCAGGCCCAAUUCUACAAUGAGCGUAUAUUCACCAAGAUACUCUCGCAACAGGCACGCGAGAUGAGCGACCUCACGCAGACGCAGCAUAGCGAGAUCAGGAGACAAGAAGAAACUAUCAAGAAUUUACGACAGUGCCUAGAUAUCCUGCAAGGAGGUACCGAACACAUACAGAACGGAUACUACAACAUUCAGAAGACGCACCCGAAUCGAGUAAUAAACGGCAACAAAUCUGGAGAGGCGACGAGGGUUAGGAUAAAUCCACUCGAGGAGAGGUUUUCCGAGUUAGUCAGGGAGAAGGAGGAAUUGCAAGUUCAACUAGACCGCGAGCGAGAGGUGACGCGAAUUCAGGCUUCCCGAAUUGCCAAACUCGAGAGCGAAGCAGCUGCCGUGCCAGUCGACGUCCCACCUAAGCUCUGGGCCGUGCAACUCCAAACGGCCCAGACCAGGCGGCAGAAGGAGGAGUCGGAGGAGAUGCGGGAGAGCCUGAGCAAGUUCGAUCAGGAUGGAUCUGUCAGCCGGGACAACGAAGUCCCAUCGGACCUCGACGUGAAGGCCAGCUGCCGCCAUGUCGGAAAGGCUGCUGCCGAUGGUCAGAGUGACGGCAAGGUGGCCUGUCCCGAGGUUGCGUCGAGAGAUCCUCUCGCGGUGCCCGGGGAAAAGAAACAAGAACAGAGAGAAGGCGAGGACGGCUGCUUGGAUGCCGGCGCGGAGCUUGCCGGCUGCUAUCCACCCCAGCGGGUGCACGCCAGGGUGGCGGCUCCGUCGUCACCACCACUUCCGCCUGCGCGUGCCGUCUCGCAGCUCCCGUCGUCCGUCUCGCCCAUCGAGGGGAACCCUAGCCCCCAUCAUCGCCCCGAGUCUCUCGUUACUCAGUCGCGUCCGCACCUAGACCUGGGUAUAGGGUCCCUGGCCUCUGGCCUCGGGCCACGCAGUUGGGUCGGGACCCCAGACCCGGGCCGCGUAAGACGCGAGGGAGACGAAGAAGAGGAGCGGACGCGAUCGGAUUCCGGCGGCGACGCUGAGCCCGCUUCCCGGCGAGGUCUAUGGCUCGGUUGUCUGGCGGCAGGUCGAAGAUACCUCCCGCCGGCAUGGCCGCUGGUAUUGCUGGGGGGCUUCCUCGCUGCGCUGCGUUUUGCCUUACCUUACCCUACCUCCCCUUUCUUGCUCAUCUAUGGUCGAGGAUUAAAGAGAUAGUGGGGGCGGGGGGGAAGCUAUCCUGAAAGAUAUGAUUAAAUAAAAUCAGCCGCUCUUUUUUGGUUUUCUAUUUUAUUUUUUUCAUCGUCCCCCUUUUCAUAUACCUACAUACCCAGUCGUACGCCG